AUUGGAUGUGUCCGUGAGCGGAGAUUUUAGUAUAGAACACGGGUUAGAACGAUCGUUUUUCUGAAUAGAAAGAGAGAACAAAUUCAAGUACUAUUACCUGAAAGAUUUGAGCACGUUGACGCUUUCAACAAAGUUCAUUAAUCUAUUCGAAUGACGAUGACAGUGUGCUGACCGUCUUACCGAUUUGGAAGCUAUGGCGGCGAACAUCGCGGCACAGAGAAUUCAACGCGAAUUUAAAGAGGUUAUAAGGAGCGAGGAGGUUGCAAAAUGUGCGAUUAAAGUUGACUUGGUAGAUGAUAGUUUUACUGAAUUAAAAGGUGAAAUUGCGGGUCCACCAGAUACACCAUAUGAGGGAGGUAAUUUUGUACUCGAGAUUAAAGUUCCCGAGACAUAUCCCUUCAAUCCUCCUAAAGUGCGAUUUAUAACAAAAAUAUGGCACCCUAAUAUAUCUUCAGUAACAGGUGCUAUUUGUUUGGAUAUAUUGAAAGAUCAGUGGGCUGCUGCUAUGACUUUGCGUACAGUAUUGUUAUCAUUACAAGCUCUAUUAUCUGCAGCAGAACCAGAUGAUCCACAAGAUGCAGUAGUGGCUAGGCAAUAUAAAGAACAUCCAGAAAUGUUUCGUCAAACUGCCAAACAUUGGACAUUUGUAUAUGCAGGUGGACCAGCAAAGAUGCCUGAUUUAGAUGAUAAAAUAAGGCGACUAACAGAUAUGGGUAUUGAGGAACAUAAUGCAAGAGUUGCUUUAUCUUCAUAUAAUUGGGAUUUGGAACGUGCCACUGAGCAGCUCUUCAGUUAGUGAUAACUGUAUAGUUAAUCUGUCAUAUAAAAGCACUGCUCAUUUUGUCAUUACAAAACUUCUGUAACACCAUGCCCAAUUACUGAUACCAUAGCAGUUUCAUAAUCAAAUUCAGCACCUGUAACGACAAUAUUUCAAUGGCAAAAAAUUCACGGAAAAUUCAUUUCAAUAUUCUUAAAUAAUAGUCAUUUAUUUAACUUGUAAA